AUGGGAACUUUAUAUGGAACCAUCCACGAUAUCAUAGAUGAAAAACUAAAGCAAAUUCCAGAAGGUGCGAUACAAGCUGUAACGCGGCUGCAUCAAUGUGAUGUAUUCUACAAAGAAGCAAUCGCCGCAGCAAUGAAUGCGAAUAAUGACACUGACCAAGUGGCCGAUGGGAGUACCCGUUGCUCUGGUUACGAUGAGGACAGGGAUUCGUCAGCCAAGAAACGACGAAUCCAUUCCUUACAGAAUUUAGCUCUUGAUGGUUGCGAGCGUCAAACUGCCGAAAAGGCUCACCUUUUACCGCACAGCAGCCGCUGCGCAUCGUAUUAUGGCGAAUUGCUCGAGGCACUGGUCGGAGUAGAGUUGAAAGGUGAUGCUAAGACACGGAAGCGCAAGCUGCAAAUUCUCAUUCACGGAGUGCUCGAUAAGGAAACAUCAAAGCGGAAAGCAAAAACUGGUAUCAAGCAUUGCAAAAUGAACAUGAUACGGGUCCUGGGCCAGAGCGUCAUGGAUAAAAAUCCAAAUCGAGUUCUCUUCUUACCAAUCAUGACUCUGGAAGAUGUGCUCAACUUCAACGAUCAAACUUCCUUUUCAGUUGCGAUACUAUGUGCUACUCCAAGUGUUUACCAAGCCAUGUUGUGGCUGAACGAAUAUGAACUUGUUACCAAAACGGAGAUGAAGCUUGCGUUGAAAACACUUGAGAGCUUUACAUUGGCAGUAGCCAAGCAUCGCAAAAAUCUGCAAAAUAAUGGCCAGGACGACUUCAACUCUCUCGAAACAAUUGGAACAGAGAAAACUUAUCUUGAUGAGGCAAGGGAAAAUAUCAAGAAUUCCAUGGUCCAAGUUGCAACUCUCAAAACAAAGUAUGAAGGCACGAACGAAGAAGACACUUUUCCAAAAGUUAUGAAAAUUGAAUUGUCAAAUCAACAACCCAAGGGAAAAGUUGUCGCAACAACGUGUGAUCCAUGGUUGCUUUGCUUAAAGAGUGCUGUGAUGUAUUCCAGUUUCCUUGGAAAGAAGCUAUUGCCAGGCUGUCGCGACCAUGAUUCGGAAACGACCUCGGAUUGGUCUGGAUUCCAAGACUGUUGGUAUAUUCCUCCGGUACCCGAGGAGGUGGAAGCAGUGGCGACUGACUGUGGCGAUGAUUCGGACCUGAGUAGUAUUGGAUCGGCGAUGGGGAAACAAGAAAAAUAA